UUCUCUAACAAAUAAAAUGGAGUGCCCUGUGCCCAAAUAUUUAUUAUAAUUUUAUACCUGAUUCCUGAACCUCAGAACCUGAUACAGUGAGGUGAGCAGUUGAGACUUGAGAGAGGCGGAGAGCAGAGAAUCAGAGAGAGGCGGAGAGCACAGACUAGAGUGAAAGUUAGCUACAAUUAGAGCCAGCAAAGAUAAACAAUGGAACAAUAACUGGUAGGAGUACUUUCAGCACAAACAAUAGUUUCUAUUAGUCCUUUACAAGAUGCCCUUCAGAAUAGCCCAAAUCCGCCUUGUGAGUUCACAUCCCGAGGUUUAUGAACCGUGUGAUGAUUCAUUUGCGCUAGUUGAUGCGCUCCUGGCUGAUAGGAAUCACCUGUUAGAGCAUCAUCCUACGUUGUGCUUGGAAGUGGGUUGUGGUAGUGGUUAUAUUAUUACUUCUCUAGCUCUCAUUCUAGGACAGGAGGCUCCUGGGGUCCACUAUAUUGCUACUGAUACCAACCCUCAUGCUGUGAGGGUGACCAGCGAGACUCUAGAAGCACAUGGUGUUCACGCAGAGUUGAUAAACACUGACAUCGCGUUAGGACUGGAGAAGCGUCUGGCUGGAUUGGUUGAUGUAAUGGUUGUGAACCCACCGUAUGUGCCAACCCCUGAAGAUGAAGUAGGUCGUGAAGGGAUUGCCUCAUCUUGGGCAGGAGGGGAGAAUGGCCGGAGCGUUAUUGAUAGGAUAUUGCCAAUUGCUGACAAUCUAUUGUCAGACAAGGGUUGGUUGUACAUGGUCACACUUACAUGUAACAAUCCCUCAGAGAUAUGCCUUCAAAUGAGAGAGAGGGGAUAUGCUUCUAGAAUUGUAGUCCAGAGAUCAACAGAAGAAGAGAGUCUCCAUGUUAUCAAGUUCUGGCGGUAUCUUGAUGCUCAAGAAGAUGGAAAGCAAAUGGUGACGCCGAAUAAGACUGCUCCUGCAAGGGGGGUUAUGGAGUCCCUGUUCUCACAGUUUCCUCUAUUGUCAUCCUGGAGAAGCAACAGCAACCACAGUAGCUAAUGAAUGGGAAGGUAAAAGAGAGCACGUUUUAGGUUUUCAACAUCCUAUUCCAGGGCUUCCAGUCCUGCCUGUGAACUAUUUGAAGAGCUUUAUGAAUUCAUCAGUCUCUGCAGUGGGGGACUGUAGAGCUUCUUUUAUCUAAAACCUUCCGGACCCCAGUUUCCAAAAAAAACCGAUGCAGCAGUGUGGUUCAAGUUCCAACUGGUUGCGAAAAUAAGCAUAUUGGGCUCAUUUUUUCAGUAUAAAAUGGUUUCUCCCAAGUUCCUUAAUUGCACUUUAGGUUUUGAAUUUCCAGUUCUGUAAACCAUUAGAUUUCCUCAUUUUGAGCUUAAUGAUCUUUAUGAUUUAACAAUCCUUUGUUCACAUAGCAUACCCAGUACAGAAUUUCUUUAAGAUGUUAUUAUAUAUGUUAAGGAUUUCUCAUCAUAAAAUCAUUUUUAUGUGAUGUUGAUUUGAUAAAAGCAAACUGCAGACUUCAGUUCA